GUGACACUGUCUGUUCUUGUUUUUGUAUCAGAUUCAACCUUCAUAUCAUUCAUCCUUUCAUACUUCAAACUCUAUACUUCAUAUUUCAUAUUUCAUAUUUCAAACUUCCUAUAUAUCAUUUUACAUUUGUUGCAUUCUUUUAUUCACACAAAAUUCAAUUCUGAAAACCUCAAUCGUUGUCCCGUUAGCUCGGAUGAGGUGAUAUCCUCAUUCUUUGAAAUUGCUUAAAGAUUGCUUAAAGAUGGAGCCGCAAGAUAUUGGCAUCGGCGGCAGUAGCAGUGGUAGGACCGCGAGAAACCGUGCUAGUCUCCGUCAACAGCAGGAUGAGUUCCGACGACGUUUGAUGAGGCCCAAUCGGGUCCCCCGGUCCUCAGAUGGCUACCCUGGCAGCCCUGGAGACCAAUUUGAGGACCAGUUCCUAGACCAUCCCGGAGAUCCUGUCCGCAACGGAGGGCCUCAGGCUGCUGAGGCUGCUGAGGCUGCUGAGGCUGCCGAGCUUUUUGCAGCUUUAAAUGAUGGUUCCAGACCCGACUUACAGUGGGCUUACGGAGAAUCCCAAGGUCUGUUACACUUUUAUGUUAUUCUUUACCGCAUCCUUUUUGGUUCCCUUAUUGUAUCCACUACUCCUAUCCCUUGUUACCUACCUUCAUAACCUUUCAUUGCUUGUCACUCCCCAUACAUGGAAUGGAGUCCAAUCCACCCCCCAUGGAUUUCGGAAACCGUCCAACAACGCCCACCAGCGAGCCCCCGACCCAGCCCUUCGGUUCGGCGCCGAUGGUGUCGGUAACCCCUAGUGAAAUGUUUCAAGCGCUGUUACGAGCCAGAGGGCACAAUGAACGCAAUGAACGACUCAUCCAAGAUUCGCAACUUCCCGAUUCUCUCUCGGACCUCUCCACUGACAUACUAUCAGCCCCUGGCUCUCCGAUGGAAGAGGCUGAGCAAAUUGAAGAGGAUGAUGGCGAUGUUGAGGGCGAUCCAGGCCACGAAGAGGAGCAGGACGAAGAAGAUGACGAGGUCCUUAAUGAGGAUCCCUCGUUGGAUCCCUCUUCCGUCGGCUUAAAAGAGAUUAGCAAUCUUGCUAGCUUUACAGUCAGCAGCUUCAAACCUGGAUGUGGUGUUAAAGAGCUUCUUGAUAACGAUUUCAACCAAUUCUGGCAGUCUGAUGGACCACAGCCCCACUACUUGAAUAUUCACUUCAUCAAACGCGUGGAAAUCCGCGCACUGCGACUCUACUUGGAUUACGAGCUUGAUGAGAGUUACACGCCCACCAAGAUUCAAAUUACCGCCGGCUUCAGUCCCAACAUGACCAUUCCAUUUGUCCUCAUGGAGUUUGGCAUGCCCAAAGGUUGGAUAGAUGUCCCUAUCGAAGGCGCAGGUGGUGGUCAUGAUGGCAACUCACUCUCGUGCUUCUUCGUCCGAGUGAUUAUCGUCGAGAACCACCAGAACGGCAAGGACACGCACAUCCGGGGAGUCAAGGUGUACGCAUUGGAUGACUCGGCCGAUACAGCGGAGAACAACCCAGUCGAAGACAUGGUGGAGGUUAUUGAUGACUACGACAUAAGACUGGCGGAAAUGAGCCUCAAUGAAGAAGACGGCGACGCAGCCUUGAAGCUGGAAGAAGAGAAGAAGAACCGAAAAGCAAAGGCCAAGAAGUACACGCCAGGCGAUGGCGGACUGAGCAUCCCUGACUUUAUGAGGGAACCCGAGAUCCGUUGAAGAAACUCGCGGGCAUGUGGCGAUCGCAUAGGCGGAAAAGCAUCAUGGCGUUACGGAAUUCUGAUUUGAUUAUAAACGAUACCCCCAUGACUUUUUACUAUUACUGAACCAAACUGCAUUGCAAAAAGGGACUGCAUAUCGCUUUCGUCUCGUCUUGUCUCCUCUCAUGAGGGAAAGAUGAGUCUCGUGGUUACGACCUUUGAAGAUGAAAACGCAAUGACAAUCAGUUCUUUAACCUGCAUUUGAAUAACUACACAAAUAACUACGUGCUAUACUAUCGUGAUCGUGUUACGCAUAAUCGAUUAAGGUGAUGGGUGAAUUAAAACGGAGACC